UACACUUGUAUUGAAUUUAUUUUGUAAAAGUGAAUAAUUGAUUUUAGUUAAAGUGAAAGUGAAAGUGAAUUUAUUAAAAAUUAAGAAUCAAAAUGGACAGUGAAAUGAAUCAAGUGGCUAAAGUUCCCACUGUAUUUGCGACAACAUUAGAAGCAAGUGCGGAGCAAGUGUCAAUAGUAUUCAACUUUGUGCCGCCACAAAAUGUGGAGUCGCCAAAACAAAAAGAAAAUGUGCCUGCGAAGGGCAGUUCCAUCGACGAACGACUAACAAUUAUAGAAAAUCUAUUAAAGAGUUUUCGCGGUCGUGGGAGACGCAAUGGCCGAAAAAGGAGGGAAAACAACAUAGUCCGCAGUGGGCGUGGUGGACAAGGAUGGCGCGGUGGUUACGUAGGGCGCGGUGGUAACAGGGGGCGCGGUGGCCACAGGGGACGCGGUGGCAGCAGAGUCCGCGGCGGCGAAUUCGUUGUUGUCAAGUUUCCGUCGUUAAUGAACAAUUGUCAAGUUUCGUUUCGACAAUAUUAA